AUGAGCUGCGCCCUCCCCGCCGGGCCAGCCGGAGUCCGCCUGCCUCACACUCGGAGAGAAAAAGGACUCCAGGGCCGCCGCGGUCGGCUGUUGAGUGACUGCACGAACACCUGCGAGGGCGGAGGCCUGCGAAGGGUGCGCUCAUCAAGGCGGAAUGCGGUGUCUGGAUGGCCUGAGUACCCCAAUUUCCAGGGACAGCAAAUCAUUCUGGAGAAGGGUGACCAUUCUUGCUGGAGCACCUGGAAUGACAGUGGUGGCCACCACAGCAGCGACCAGCUGCUCUCUUUCCGGUCUGUGUUCUGCCGGAACCACAGUGACAGCCCUGCGACACUAUUUGAGGGGGACAACUUCGAGGGUUGCAGGUUUGAACACAGUGAUGACUACCCAUCCCUGCCCUCCAUGGGUUGGGCCAGUAGGGAUGUGGGUUCCCUUAAAGUCAGCUCUGAAGCGUGGGUGGCCUACCAAUACCCAGGCUACCAGGGUUAACAGUAUGUAUUGGAGCAGGACUAGCAUGGCAGGGAGCUCCAUACCUACAGCGGAUUUGGCACACAGGUCCAUACUGGGUGGCUGCAGUCCAUUCGAAGAGUACAGCAAUGGGCCAUAUGGCCCCAACACCUCUCCUGA